GGAGAAUAAAGCCUCUCCACAGAGUGUAUUUACAAACCCUUGAGACUGGGGCUUAAAUGAUGUUUGUGUAUCCUCACACAGAAAAUGAAAUCUCAUGAGGGAGAACUGGGGAAAGAGAUCUCGAAGGUUCAGGGCAUGGUGUGUGAGUUGCGGGCAGGGUUUUCUCGAGCGCUGCUGGAACUGAAUCAGAUUCAGCAGGGAGACACUGAGCUGCAGAGCCAGCUUGAGGACACAAGACAUGGCUGCAACAAGCGCUCCCUUCAUCUAGAGAGUCUGGUGCUGUCCCUCAAGGAGGAGCUGGAGGAGGUACGUUGUCAGUUUCGUCAGCUCUGUGAGGCACAAGAGAGAACGCCACCAGAGAAUCCAGGAAGAGAGAAUAAUGGAGUGGACGACAGUAGCGGACAGAGUAAUGGUGCUGCAGAGGCUCCUCCCCUUUCAUCUGUGGGUGGAGAUUUCCUCAUACACUGUUACCUGCAGGGAUUACAGGUGUGGAAAUGGGCCAGACAGAAUUCAGGUGCAGAUUCUCUAUCCUGCCAUGUAACACACAGCUGCCUACGGCGGGGCACGAUGCGGUGUGUGGUGGAGAUGCUGUUGCAGUCCGAACGUGAUUAUGUGUCUAGUUUGAAUCAGCUCUACGAGAAAUACAAAUCUGCUGAGCAACAUGUGUCGUUUGUAAAGCAUAUUGAUCAGAUGCUACAGCGCCACCUGCUGUUCUGUAACACCCUAGAAGAACGACUGACCACCGAUGAGAGAAGCUGUGCUGCUGGGGAUGCUUUCCUCAACCUCACUGGACACAAUAAUAAGUCUUUCUCUGAUGCAUAUCUUGGAUACGUGGCCAGUCUGGGAACUGUCCUGAGAACAGAGAUCAGUACAACUUCACCCCACAGCAACCCACAGGAGGAGAAAGAGAGCUUCAGAUUGCUUUCAUUACUAUUUGCUCCUGUUUCCCGCAUCCACAAAUACCUGAACAUCAUACAGGCUCUGUUACGCAGUUCUGGCACUCGACAUAUAGACUGGUGUUCACUGCAGGAGAGUGAGCGGGUGCUGUGGGACCUCUGCACAAGCUGUCACAUGACUUUAGCAAAGAGGGGACCAUGCGAAGAAGGGGAGGGGCCUGAACAAGGUUUUAGAAGCAGGUGCUGUGCCGAGAGUCCCGACUGUGGCCCUUCCGCUUUUACCAAGUACUGUGCCAACACUAAUGCAGAUACAGCCAGUGUCACAGCGGGAGCAGGCAUAGACAGCACUGUACACCAGAGGAAAUGCUGUCGUGUUGGCAUCUCACAGACGCUACCUCGGCCCAGUGGCAUUUUAAGAAAUGGCCGUGAGCAUGUGUGUGAUCUGACCCCUGGUGGCUGGAUUGCAGAGUACAUGUGGAAUGGCAGCGCAGGGCAGAGCCACACGGGUCCCAUCUGUGUACCCUUCGCUCGUCAUUCUAGAGGAGGCCGCUUUCUGAAUACUGUGCCACCUGUAGGUGUCGGGGGAAACCUCACUACUGCUGACAAGAGUAAGAGCUCUUCGGCUGGUCUGGCCGUGCGUGGGUCUCCAGGCCUCAACGGACGCAUAUACACAUCUGACCUGUACCCUCCGUCACAACGUCUCGAUGACGGGGACACAGACUGCGAUGUGGCUGAUGCAUCCAUUUUUGACUUCUCUUCUGUAACGACCUGUAGCCCAGAUGAAACUCUGAAUCGACUCAGGGGAGUGGAAGCACGUGAUGAUGAGGAUAAUGAUGAAGAGAACAGUGAGGUUCCAGUUCUCCUCAAACCUUCGUACACUCACAAUUCUUCAGCUUUGCAGACAGGGGGAAGCUUAUGCUUGCAGUGGCAGAUUCCUAGACGGGCUCCUAUUCCUGCUGAGGUUUGCAUUGGGGCUCAAGGAAAAACGCAUGCCCCAAAACCACACAGAAUCCUUGCCAGUGCCUUCCGGCCGAUUUGGGACCCGACUUAUUCACAGGGUGAUGUGACUCCUGCAAAAGAGAACUCUGUAUCUUUCAGCUCAACCAAUCAGAUCAUUAAUCAGCAGCAAGAGACUGACCAAUCACGAUCUGCAUAUAGAGCGACUGGAGUCCAGCGGGCUGAAGCAGUGUGGCAUGACAGUGAAGACAGUGAAGGACCCUGCAGUACAGUCUGACACACUCCUCUGCCAGCAAACAAUUAAUAUUAUGCACUGGUGCAACUAACACAGGGAACUUUUCUGCUUUAUCCAAUGAAAUGACGGGAAUCUUAUCUGAGAUUACAAAUGAUGACUUCUUCUCACUGAAUUGACAUGAAGCACCAGCACCCCGACCACAGCUAAAUUCAACAAAAGUCUUCCAGCAUGAUUUGAUCUGUCAGAGAGAAAUAAACACUUUGAUGUAACAGAAUGCACAUAAACAGAGGAAUAAAAACGUUCAGUAGAAAAUAA